UUCACUUUGGUCACGCGUCGUAGAUGGUCGUCGUCUCGACUAGUGCGCAUUUUUCGAAAACCGUUUUAAUAUUAAUAUCGUUGUUUUGUUUUAAGUAUAAACACCGUUGUAUUAAUUAAUUUUCGCAAGUACAUCAUGAGACCGUCGGUCAUCGUAGCGGACUAUCUGUCCUCUAACGGUGUAACAAUCAUGUUACUAGUAUUGGAAAUUAAAUAACGUCGUCCGGGGUUUCGUGAAAAACUGGGCGUCAGAGACAACAUUAUUCACAAAAAAACAAAAAAAAAAAAAAUAAAAUAAAAAAUAAUAAUAAUUUGCACACAUAACGCAGCUUCUAACGCAAUUAAAUACAAUAGUUACGUUACAGAAUCGGCGGGGAAAAGACAACUACCAUUGACGGAAACUCUAAAAAUUCAUCGCGGAACCAUCAUCAGAGCUAAGCCGAAAAUCGUAAAUACAUAAUGAGAAUUUUGACGAUCGCCUGGAUUUUGGUGGCGGUCACGUGGUGCUGUGACAGCGCCGUUAUCUAUGAGCCGAUGGUUCAAAACACCCGUUACUACGAACCUAGAAUUCAGGACUUGGAGCUUCUUGACAAAAACUUUUUUGAUAUGGCUUCGAUCGAAAAGAGAAACGGUGCAAUACAAGGAGAAUCACCGAGGAGCCGUCCUAGUUUGUCUAUCGUCAACUCUUUAGACGUGCUCCGACAAAAAUUAAUGUAUGAGGUUGCACGACGACACGUAGAUGAGAACCAGAAAGUGCUGACGCAAAACCACGAGAUACUGAAGAACCUCGGAAAGCGGUCAUUGUUUCCUUUUCUCGAAGUACCACGGAGGUACAACGUAUUACGUAUAUAAUACUACAUCGAGUUCUUCUUAUUAUUUUUUUGAAACAGAUUUAUUGGAGUAUGCUAUUAAAGUUUUCAUUGUUUAUUUAAUUCAUUUAAAUCAUUUUUUAAACAUGGCUGUAGCUAAUAGAAUUUAAAAAUAUAUCUACAUAAAUAUUGAUUUAUAGAUUCAAGUGUCUAUAUUAUUUUCUCUGUCUUUUAUUUGGGUUUUCUUUAAAUACAAGACAAAUGAUAUACGAUCUAUUUUAUACUUUCGAAUUUAGG